CUGGUGAAGGCGGACCUUAGCGUUGUGCGGUCGCUGACAUUGGAGGAGUCGCUUUAGCUUAACAUACGAUCUCCUGUUAUGGUCUGAGAACCAGGAAGCGGCAGCUGCUGUAGGAAACACCGCUGCAGGUGGAUACCCGCUAUUUCCCACCCAUUAGCGUCAGAGGUGAUGGGACGUCCUCGGCUGUAACACAUCUAUACCGUUAGCUGAUGGUGAUGAAGGCAUGUUGUCGGGCAUUAGUGUAACCAACGUUACACGUAUCUCUGUCUUUCCGCUGUGUCGGCUUAAGAGUCAUUUACCGGUCCAUACCGUUAGCUAGCAAGUUAGCUCUCUUCUGAAGCUAACUACUUAAGACAAUAGCCAUGUUUUUAUCUCAUUUCGACCUAUGGAGAACAUAUUGGGAUUGUCUUUCCAGACCUCACACGGUCCUCAUCUGCUCCAUUACGGCCGCACUAUACUAUCUGUGGGGCCGAAAGUGUCAGACUCCUGCCUUGGUGUCUAGCAAGGCUUUCAGUGCUUUCCUCCACAAGCACUGUCCUGUGGUGUCCGAGCCCUUCAUCCCCACUCCUUGGUGCUGGGGGGGCCGCAUUCAAACCCUGGUCUGUGCCAUCCUCAAGUCCAAACCAACUGUCUGCUAUCGCAAUGAGCUGAUCCGCACAGUCGAUGGUGGUCAGAUUUCUCUGGACUGGGUGGACAAUCGGGACAGUGCGGAGUACCCAGAAUCCUCCAUCCGCCCCACAGUACUGAUCCUCCCGGGCCUGACAGGAAACAGCAAGGUGUCCUAUGUGCGCCAUGCUAUUAACCAGGCCACCCGGCGCGGCUACAGAGUUGUGGUCUUCAACAACAGAGGGCUGGGAGGGGAAGAGUUGUUGACGCCUGUCACCUACUGUGCAGCCAAUACAUCGGAUCUUGAGCGCGUGGUGCUUCAUGUCAAUGGACUCUACCCACAUGCCCCUGUGCUUGGAGCUGGUGUGUCUUUGGGAGGCAUGUUAUUAUUGAACUACCUGGCCCGAAAGCGCACAGAGUCAGGGAUGGUGGCGGGUUUCACCAUCUCCGUCCCCUGGAAUGCACUGAAGUCCGCCGCCUCGAUGGAGGAACCACUAAACUGGCUGCUCUUCAAUAAGUACCUCACCAACGGUCUGUGUCAGGCUGUCACCAGGCACAGGAAGGUUCUGGAGAAAGUGGUGGACAUUGACCAUGUGUUGAAAGCGCAGACUAUCCGUGAGUUUGACGAACGCUUCACCUCUUUGCUGUUUGGUUAUAAAUCUUGUACGGACUAUUACCACGAUGCCAGCCCAGACCAUAAACUCCCAAACACAGCGGUACCCAUCAUGUGUCUCAACGCUGCCGAUGACCCCUUCUCUCCCCAAGGCGCCUUCCCGUUGACCACUAUCCAGAGCCUGCCUAAUGUUGCCAUGCUGCUGACGGCCCACGGCGGACACAUUGCAUUCCUGCAGGGUUUCUUUCCCCGCGGCGAGAGUUACAUGGAGCGCCUGUUCGGUCAGUUUGUCCAAGCCGCCUUUGAACACCCUAAAGAUAUUAAGAAAGCCUGUGGCAUCAAAGAGAAGCCGAGCAGCUGAUCAACGUUCACCCCGUCUCUCUGUACGCUCUGAACCCGACUCAAUCCCAGGAUGCCUGCUGGCUGAGAACAAUAUGAAGCCACUAACAUCCUGCAACUGCAAUUCACAAAAAAUCAUGGCUCAGCUUUGCAUGCUGUUACCACGUAAAUGUUGCGUCUCCUCCAUGUUUGCACAGAAAAUGACCAACGGUAUUGUACAAUCAUGCUCAACUACCUCCUCGCCCUCUCAGGUUUUCUUCCAAUUAGCAUUCUAAGAAAGUAAAAAAAAAGUCCUGAGCUGGGUAAUGCCUACUUUUAUAAUAACACACAAACAACUUUAUAUAUUAGUUGAAAAAAAUAUAAGAAUGUAAGCUCUUAAAACCUUAGUUUGCCGUCCCAACUUCACAUGGCGCACUGUAGUUAGUGUCAAAAACUAAUCGCACAAUUAGACAUUUAAAGCUUUGAUUUUAGGAACGAGAUGUUAUUUAAAUGAAAUGAAUGUGAAACUAUCUAUUUGUUUUUCUGCAAUUACUACUUUUGUUUUGCAAGACUUGUUAUUUUUGAAGUGUGAAACAUUCUUUAAAUGUUUACUACCCCACACCUCCAUGCAUACUUUCCAUACCAUUUUUCAUUGCAGUGCAUACAAACAAACGAGCUAGCAUUCUAGUUUUAAGAACUGUCUCAACCUGAAAACACAGCAGGAGUUAACAUCUGCCAUGAUGGAAAGACUUUUUGAUUUUAAAACGAAAUGUGAAAGUGUAGAAGUGUUGUAUGCUAGUAUACACUUCUGCAGUGUGCUUGGUUGCAAUGUAAAUGAUGCAGUAUACCAGAAGUGAAGGGGCUGAUACCGUGUAAAUAGUACUUGAGAUAAAUGUACCGGUUAUCAGAAAUGUACUAGCGAGUGCUUUUGAAGUUGUGUGUCCUGUAAUCUGCCUUUUGUCUCAAACGCACAAUGUUGUUUGGGCGAAUGUCUUAUCAGGUCGGACACUUUGAGUCCACAUGAUCUGAUGUGAAGUUUACAGGAGGUAAUUAGUUCGGAAUUUAAUCACUAAUUUGAAUAUUUUGUACAUGAUAGUAAGUAUGCCUGUGUGUAGAAACAUGUAUAGGGUUUUAAUUUAUUAUCUGUGUGUACAGUAAUACCAACACUAUUUCAUAAUACCAAUAUUAAGGUAUUAUUUAUGAUUCAUGUUAUUUUUAUCAGUUCUUUAGAUCAACAUGUGACUAAAGAUUAUAGCAGAAUUUGUUCCUAUUGCUGUUAUUUUGUGGUUAUUUGCUCAAUAUGAUGUUCACCACAUUCACUUGCCUUUUAAUUGCUGUGCAUUUUAUUUUUAAUGGACGAAUGUGUUUUGUUUUCUAUGAGCUGUAACUACAAGCAUUUUGUUUGCAUAUUGAUAAAGAUUGUCACCUGAAGGAACUGUGGGCAUUAUGAACAAUACAUUUUUGUUUAUUGAAUUCAAUUUGAAUUAAACAAUGAUAAUAGUA